UCUUCGAAACAGCUAGCGCUUGAACGGGAGCUUGAGCAGCUCACCGCGGUAAACUCCACCAUGAGCUCUGUGCUAGAGUCCAUCGGCAGUACCAAAUCCAACCUAACAACCCUUCUCCAGGCCACAAACCAGACUAACUCUUUGCUUGAGCUCUGGAUUAAAAUCCUCAACCAGGCGAAUUUCAACCAGGAGUUAAUCAAUGACACCACCUGGCAGGGUAGUCUGUCGAGCGAAACCAAAUGGCAGGAUAGGGUGGGGAAAUUGAACGAUGUGAUGAACAAAAUUGACGCCGAGAAGCGUAAGCGCGAACAAGAGGUCAAUGCCAAACAAAACCUGGAAAAGGUCCGCCAGCAGCGGUUUAAUGAU